CUGCUUUCGCGCAUGUGCACACGUUCCACCGGUGACCUGGGACCUGCAUAUAUGCACGCUUGCUAGCAUUAGCAAUUUUUAUUUGGAGGUACGUUACGGUUGUUAAAAUAUUUUUAUUAAGUAAUAGACAUAUUUAUAUUGUACAUCGGUUUUAGUUUUUCUUGCGCGCUGCUUGACCGACGAGAUAUCUCGCACCGGGACAGAAGAGUGGUCAUGGCCGGAAUCGAGGAGCUUUCCCCGGCUGCGGGCCCGGUGGCUACCCGACCCCCUGAGGACGAAAUUGACGACGACGAGGACGAUAAUGAUCUUGACGAAACCCUGGUGGAGAGGUUGUGGGGUCUGACAGAGAUGUUUCCUGACACAGUUCGCACAGCUGCUGAGUUAUCAGCACAGUGUUCGGUCGCAUUGGCCAAGAAGUUUUACAGUUUUUCUCGUGCAGCCCUCUGGGUGGGAACGACCUCGUUCAUGAUCCUGGUGCUCCCUGUUGUGUUUGAGACUGAGCGGCUACAGCUGGAGCAGCAGCAGUUACAGCAGCAGAGACAGAUCCUGUUGGGGCCCAACACUGGAAUGUCUGGUGGGAUGCCAGGCAUGAUGCCGUCAGGCCCUGGAAAGAUGUGAGGAACGUACGCGGCCUACUUCAAGCCUGAAAUCUGCUGGUGGCCACAAGAGGGGACAGAGAGACCAUGACCAAAAAAAAAAAAGCAAAGAACUGCUGUAACAACAAACAAAAACAGCUCCACAUCAGUCAUGCAACUUUUAGGUUACUAAAUCACUCUUUCCUCGUCUGAUCCAAUCCUAAGAAGAUUUGUCUUCACGCAUAGACUGAUUUUCAGGACCCCUGCUUCAGUCUUUUCUCAAUAUAUAUAUAUAUAUAAUAUAUAUAUAUAUAUAAAUAAGUAUAUCAUCCUGACUUAAGUGUUUUAAAGGAAUCUGGGAAAAGGAGGGUAUAAAUAAGAAAAUACAGUUAGAGGUUACAUAUUGUGAGUCAGCUUUUUGUGUUCCGAAACGGAUACAUUUUCUGAAUCAUUCCUCCACUUGUUUGUGCAGGAUGUGUUUUGAGUUCACACUCGUCUGAGUCAUGUAAUAAGUGGCAUGGCAUUCAAUAUUUGUUUAUAGAAAAUAAACAUCUCUGACGAUUUAA